AUGGUGACGGUGCGCGCGUCCGCCCCGCCGAGUGCGAGUGCCCUCUGCGGCACAAGCAGUGCGCGCAGGGCGUCGUGGCCCGCAUCUGGGCUCGGGGCGUGCCGCGAACCGCAGCUGGGCUCACCCGCUCCGCAUCGGGUCACUGACCUCCUGCACGCGUCCUGUCGCUCUGUCACCUGUCUGAAAAAAGAGUCGUGGAAGGCACCGGAGCGUGCCACGUGGUUCGUGGCGGAGGCCGAGCGGGCCCCGCCCAGAGCGCCCCGGCCAAUGGCGGCGCCGCACUCUCCCAAAUACGCGCACGAUGACGCUCCGUCACCAUUCCACCAAUUGCUGCGAAAACAAUUGGUACACCGUUUCAGUCGACCACAGAAAACC